AUGCUACUCUUAUCAAGAAACGGAGUCAAGGAGCUCAGUCUUACCACUUCAAAUCUAUGUUAUGAACUUCCUUCUUAUGUGUUUCUUUGUCUAGAAUUGACAAAGUUGAAACUGAAAAACUGUUUCUUUAAACCACCACUUAAUUUUGAAGGAUUUCUAAAUCUUAAAGAUCUUUUUCUCCGACGUAUCGACUUUGGGGCUAACUUGUGUGGAGCUAAGAUCAACCUACCACAGCUUAAGCAGUUGUCCCUUCAUAAGUGCACAAACGUUUACAAUUUCAACAUUAAGACUACAAAACUGCAAAAUUUGACUGUCAUUGCUUGUCCUGAUGCCAUGUUGACCACAAUGUUAAGUAACAUGACCAAAAUUAAAUGUUUUUUUGUCGAUGCUCAGUUUCUCGAGAUUUUUACUGCAGAAAAUAUUCCAAAGUGGUUUCCGCAUCCGGUUAAUAGUUUAAAGCGUAUGUGGUUCCGAAAAUUUCAACUUGGUGACGUGGAUCAACUUAAUGGUGCUCUUUGUUUGCUUCAGAAGUCACCAAAUCUAAAGACACUGGGGAUGCACUUGGAAAUGGAGCCUCGACCUGCUUCAAAUUAUUUGGAAUCCCCAAACUGUUUGGACUGUACAUUGGAUCGAUUGCAAACUGUUGAGAUAAGAUAUUUAGAAGGAUCAAAACCAGAACUGCUUUUUAUAAAGCUUCUUCUUGCUCAUUCCCCUUAUCUUCAGAAGUUUACCAUUAGACCAAGUGAAGCUUCUGAUAUUCAAAAAAGACUUGACAUUGCGAUGGAUAUUAUGCAGUUCCCUCGAGCCUCAACAAAAGCAAAAAUGUUCUACUUGAAUCCCGAUCUGUAA